UACAUGGAUUACCGGUAUUUUAAAAAUAAAUAAAAGAUAACUCUAUACUUUGUGUGGGCAUCGUACACUUAUAAUUGUCAGCAUGAUUGUCAAAAUAACCGUUGUAUCAGUUGUUCUUAUUGCGGUGGGUUUAUCAUGUUUAAGACGGCACAUGGCAGGUGUCAGAUACAACAAUACCACCACCAGAUUAGAUGGCAAGACCGUACUCAUUACUGGAGCUAAUACAGGCAUUGGCAAAGAAACAGCCAUGGAUUUGGCUAAAAGGGGUGCUAGAGUAAUACUUGCUUGUCGUGAUAUAGACAAAGCGAAGACAGCGGCUGAUGAUAUCAAGAACAGAACUGGCAAUGCAAACAUUAUAAUAAAACGACUAGAUCUAGCCUCGCUGAAAUCUAUCAAGUUAUUUGCUGGAGACAUUAAUGCCAAUGAAAAUAGAUUAGACAUCUUAAUAAAUAAUGCAGGAAUAAUGAGAUGCCCUUACUGGAAGACAGAAAAUGGUUUUGAGAUGCAGUUUGGAGUCAACCACUUGGGACAUUUUCUCCUGACUAACCUACUACUUGAUUUGAUAAAGAAAUCUGCUCCUAGUCGUAUAUUAACAGUAUCUUCAUUGGCACAUGAAAGAGGUACAAUAAACUUUGAUGACAUAUACAGUGAGAAAUCAUACGACCCUGGAACAAGUUAUUCUCAGAGCAAACUUGCCAAUGUUCUUUUCUCAAGAGAAUUAGCAAAGAGACUUGAAGGCACUGGUGUCACAACAUAUUCGCUGCAUCCAGGUUUGAUUGACACCGAGUUGAAACGACAUUGGGAGAAAGAAAGUAUAAUACUAAGGAUAUUUUUUAGUAUAGGACAAUAUAUUGUAAAAACACCAGAGGAAGGAGCACAAACAACAAUAUAUUGUGCUGUUGAUGAAAAAUUGACAAGUGAAUCAGGAAAAUAUUACAGUGAUUGUGCAGAGAAAACGCCUUCAAAAGAAGCAUUAGACAACGAAAUCGCAAAUAAACUGUGGACAUUAUCUGCACAAAUGGUUGGAUUAAACACUGGGAGUACUUAAUACUAUCAGAUCAAUUAUCAUUUAAUCUUUCUGUUAUUUGAAUUAUAAUAUCUAAAAUUGUCAUCAUAUCAUAUAAAGUGUACUUAUUUUAAAACAUAAAUAAAACGAGCCAAUAGGGACCGUAAGUCCAUAUUGGCUCAGGAAGUGCUUUCAACCACUUAUCAGGUAUUUCUUUUUUGCAUUAAAAAUUUACUAUUUAUUUGAAUAGUGUUAAGUAGUUAAUGUAACAAAUAGCAAACAAAUAUUCGUAACUUGAAAGUAGGCAAAUUUAACACGAGAAAAAACCUCACAAACAUUCAAAUGUAAAAGGUUUAACAUUAAGAUGAAUAUUUUGACCAAAACGGUCUUUGUCAAAGGAUAUUGAACAUGAAAUGAGGUGAUAUGGAGUUGUAUAGAAAACUAAGGGUGUAUCAACGACUAGUUAGAAAGUGUUGAUUUGUGAAGAGUUGCAAUGCCUUGAAGUUCAUGUUUUAUUAAUAAAUUAUUUUAUUCUAAUGGUACCAGCCUCUAGUUACUAGUAUUAUCAAGAAAGGGAGCAAUAUGUUCAUUGUCCAAAACAAGUGAAAAUGUGUUGCAUGUAUCAUGUAGCCAACAGAAGGAGAGACUAGCUAUUUAUAUAACUAAAGCUUACACUUGAUUUGUUUAGGUAUAUAAUCACUCAUCAUAAGCGUUGAACAAUAAACAAAAUCCAUACCAUAUAUAAAACUAUAAAGGCGCGACUCGUUUAUGGUUUUAGUUUUGGUCAUGAUAAUUGUUCUUCGUCGAAUAACCGAGCGCCGUUGCAAUCGUAUUACUUGGUUAUGCGAGUUGCUCCAGAAUAGAGAUAAAUAUAUUGCAUCUGAAACUUGGCUUACAUAAACUCGAAAAU